AUGUUUGGCUAGCACCUCCGGCAGAGCGGCCGUGUUUACUUUGGCGCCUACCAGUAACUUCUACACUCCGAGUUUGGAGAGGACUGUUGAUUAAAGACUUGCAAUUUAACGAUUUCUACUCAUGUCAACCAACUUAUGUAUUAUGCAGGGUAUACCUUCCGAAGUUGCACCUAUGUAAGAUUGUCUGCACACCAACAUAUAUAUAAACUGAAUAUCUAUAUAUACUAAGAAACUACCAAGAAUUAAUAAGAAACUCUGUCUAUACCUGUAUAUACGUGACUAGAUCCUUGUGUGUAUAUAUACAUUUUCUACCUGGACUACUGCUACUAGCGUGAUUGACACACGUAAAAUAAUGCAAAGACACCUGAGCAUUCUUCACGGGUCAGGCAGCUCUAAAAGCUCCCCGUUAUCGACACUAUGGACAUGUCUAGUUGUCUCUUACACAUCCGAUUGGAAGAUCAAAUUUGAUAGUUCUAUGGAGAUAACUGUGCUACCCAUUAAAGUUUAAAUGGGUGGAAAUAAUAUCAAUUAUGUAUUCGUCUGCUGCCAUUCGGACCAUGAGAGGGAUUUCUGAGACACUUCCAUUUCAGUUUUGACUAAUUCACAGAGCUGGUUGCAGUGUUUAUAUAUGUACAGAAACCAAUUUGACUUUCGACUAAAUUGACAUUCAUAUCAAAUGUGACCAGCUUGUGGGAGGAAUGUUUGUAUUUACAAGCGUGUGUGAGCUUUACAAGCAAGCACCUUAACUACAGGGGAUUAUCAGAAAAUACAGGAUUACUGUUCGACAUAUCCAUACGAGGUCUUUUAAAAUCCACUUGCUUUGUCAUAUUUAAAACGGAUUUAAAGACUACGGUAUUCAGUUGUACACACCCCGGCAGUCUUACAUCGGCCUAUGAAAGCUAUGGACGAAUUAAGCUACACUCUAGUGUAAGUUGUGGAAGUACACAGGCCUCGAAGGGAGUAGAUAUAUGUCAUGCUAUUAUUUCUUUAUGUAUGGAUCAUAUGUGGACAAAUCUGGAUAUUUAAACGACAAAACAAGCAUAUAAGCAGACAUAAAACUAUACUGGAAUUCGAAAUUGAUUUGCUAUGUCAAUUUCACCGCUAGUCAUAGAAAUAGAUUAUAUUUUCUCUCCUGGAAGGUUUUCGACGCUUCCCUGGUUGUUUAAACAGUAAAGUCGACGGAUAAACUGCGCUGUACUUCAGGUUGUCGAUUUAAUGAUCGUUGAAACUUAUUGUUGGCUAGAUUGGUGUUUACCGAAUAGUGAAAUCAACGGACAAUCACAUCAACCGGAACUGGAUGUAAAUACCGUGAACUAUUCACCACUACCAUCGAAGUGAAAGUAUUUUCUAAUUUUGGUUUUUAUUGACUUUCAUUGGAUGUUUAAAUUUCCGGAUCUUUCUAUACACCUGUUUGAUUGAACAAGGUAAGGCUCCAUGUCAUUCAUACCUGUAAAUUGGACAGGUGUGAUGUUUGUGUGUCCAAAGUCGUCAAUGCACGAAGACGUUUGUUCAUGUUGAGGCAAUAUUUCUAUUCGUGUUUAGAAAUCCCAGGUACAAAGCCAUGUGUACUGGUACAGAAUUGAUCAACAAUGGUAUUUAAUAUGUUUGACUGAUUGUUUGUAGCAAGGCGUACUUGUCUAUACUAUUCAAUAUACAUGUGAAUAAUACUAUUUUAUUGGACGAAUGACAACUUCUACCAUUAUGAGAUCAAAACAGACCUCCGGUACGUCCAUAGGGAGACCAAUUCACACCACAAGAAGCCAGUAUAACGGUGGAGUCAUAUAUCCACAAUGGAUGCGCUCACUGGAAGAAAAAUACCAAAGGAUUCACAUGAAAAUAGCUCGCAGCACGACUGCUAUGUCAAAUAUCUACAAUUCAUCUUUAGGACGUAAUAGUAUUCAGGAGAAAACUUUGCCCAAAGCUUCACUUGCAAAACCAAGGGAAAGCUCCCCUGGCAGAUUUAGUACAACACAACUGCAAUAUCGAAGAGUUGCUUCGUCUCUAGAACGAGGAGUAAGCAGAACAAGGACUUCGGUGACUGAUGUCGUGACAGGUGGAACUCAGGACAAUUCACAAAAACAGGGCGUCGGGUUUGCUCCAGCAAAACAGGAAGACUUAGAAUUCGCCAAUGUAAAUGAGAUUGACAUUGAUAAAACUGACGUGAAAUUUAACGAUGAUGUGAUUGAUUUGUGUGAUGAUAUUGAUAAGGAAGAGUGUGAUUCAAACAGUUCACGUGUAGACUGCGACGAAGACAACAUCGGGUAUGUGUUAGGUUUAGGGCACGUGGUAAGUGUGUCUUCCGAUGAAGAUGAGGAUGAAAUUGAAAAGGAUACGAACGAUGUAAAACAUUUCGAGGAAGAACAGGUUUUUAACUCUAAAGAAAGUACGUUAUUGAUCGACCAAGAUUGUUCAUCGAAGGAAAAAAACCUAGAUUACAGGUCCAGGUCGAGCUUACGGGACACUAAUAAAGUAUCACCAGUGAAAGGUGAACCAAGGAAGCACUUUAUCACCCAGCUUGGCAAACAUUAUCAGAACAAGUCCGAACAGUUUAUCAGAAGGGAACAAAUCCCUCAAACAUCGACAAGUCGCCGAAGUAUUCAGACACAUAAAACAAGUAAAUCAUGCCCUACAACAAUGGAACACGUACAGGCUGCUCCUCAGCCUCAGACAGAUAGGGGAACGCACGUCAGACGCAAAAGCUUUAAGAAAUCGUAUAAGGGUCAGAGAAACUCAAAUAUGUUUUCCCGAAUGUCAAUGGAAGCGCAACAUGCAAGGACAGAGAUUCUAAAAGAAAAGAAACCUUCGAAAAAGCACCAGCAACAACAACAAAAACGAAAUAGUACAAGCCAGAAUUUAUCUGGAUGUGACGGGGGGUCGUCGAGUAGUAAGGAGGCAGAUAGCGAAAAACAAGCUGAAGUUGUUGUGCAGAAUAACGAAAGAAAAACAGCACAAGAUAAGGCUGUGGAUAGAUUGUAUAACGGUGAGGAUUAUAACAAAAUGUUCACAGACAUGAAUGUAAUACCGGACUAUGAGCAGGCUUACAGUGAUUCUGAUAUCUCGGUUGGUAACAGGAAGCACGCUUUUACUGUGUUGGCCAAUAGAACAAAAUUACCGAAUAUUGCCGAUGGGAAAUAUGUGACUCUGCAGCAUCUGAAAACUCUACAGUAUACACUUCCUGGUAUUGGAAGGUACAGUGUUGCUCCAAAACGUGAGACUACCUUCGAAAUUACUCCGCCUGGAUUUGAUAUCAGGUACAAAGACAUGAUGGUGCUAGAAGAACGCGAAUCGGAAACGCCUCCGCCAGAUAUUCGAAAUAGGGCGGUGCAAAAAUGUCAGGAAUGGCUGGCCAGACACACGCCAAGGUAGUUUGUUGUAAUAAUGAAUACAUGAUAAUUGUUGGACGUUUUACUGAAACACUGUGAGAAUGUUGGAGACGUGAUGCGAAUGUAAAAUAUAUAGUUCAUUUGAUUGAAAUCGGAAGGAAUAGUAUUUAACCCAAUGGAAAUUGUCUUCGAUAUCCCGCGUUGAUUUUAAAUAAAGUGGCCAGCCUCCCUUAUAACUGUGAUACGUGUACAAUAACUAUUCUGUAAUACGUUAUAUAAAGGUUUCAGCCACGAAAACUGUGAUAGCACCAGGAUAAUAUGCCUAGUGAUUAGUCUAUUGAACUGUACACAAAAUACUGUAAGUCGCCUAAAUUUCGCAAAUACAUAUUUUCGUAUUUUUUCGAUUUUGUUUCAAACAUUGCAGCGAUUGAAAUUCUGGAACGAAAUUGACAAAUACAACCUUUUAUUCAAAACAAUCAUAGUAUUUGGGGAUCAAUUAAUUUGCGAUAGAUUCUGCGUAUGAAGUUUAUCAAAAAUAUGUAUGCGCGAAACAAGAGUGUUUUACAGUAGUUAUUGUACAGAUGUACAACUCGAUCCUUUGCAGCAGAUUUCAUUGAAUCUUUGCAAAAAUCGAUGUUUUAUCAUUGAAAUCAACACUGAUUUGUUUUACAUGUAUCUAUCAAUUAGUUAGAUUGUUUAUUCUAUAUAUGUAUACUCCAUCUUGGCUGUUCAGACCUUGAUUAGCUUGACAGGAACUUGUUCUCAAAUUUUCAUUCGAUUUUUGUUAAAUAUAUUGAAUUCAAAAAUUAUAAAUUGAUAAAUAAACAAAUUCGUUUAUACAGAUUAAAAGUGAUCAGCCACUUGCUGAUAAUAAAGAAAUAUUGUUCAUUUUCAGAAAAAAAUAAAAGCCCACUGUUCUACAUUUAUCUCGUUAUGCUUACCGGGUUUUGAAAAAAACAGGAUCUUAAACGUUAAUUAAACAUUAACUUUAGUAUUGAAUAUUAUUACGUGCAAAAGAAGUGCAAUUUGAUUUCGAUUCAAUUUUCAAUAGGUUUGAUUAUAUGAUCGUUUAAAACAAUUAUUAGAAACUAACUGCCAUAAUAUUUCGUUUAAGACACAGUGGACGUGUCCUGUUUUCACAUCAGAUGAAAUUUUCGUUUUGUAUUAUAAUUUAUGUAUUGUCACGUCAGCCAAAAGACCAUAGAACGAAAAUCGAAUUUGUUAUUUCCUCGUUGUAUAAAUGUUGAACGUUUCACAUGUUGCGUCUGCGAAAAUUGAGUAAGUGUUAGAUUUGUUAUUGUAUUUAGUAAAUGUGGCCCAAAAUAUAAUAUGUAAACAACAUUACUAUUUGUUUUGGUGAUAUUUUCAAAGUGUUUGAUGAAAAGAACUAAUGAUUUGCACUGAGUAGCUUCCGUCGACUCAACUCUUUCUUUAGUG